UUAUCUAAUGAUAAGGAAAUACCGAUAGAUUUUUAAUAAUUGUGGUUAUUUUGUGAAGUAAACAUGGCUAAGAAGGGCAAAGAAAAGAGUGAUGCUGUCAAAGGCGAAAGAAAAGAAAAGAAAAGUGCCAAGAAAGUGGGAGCUAGUGAUAAAAGUAGUUUUAGUAUUCUAAAAUAUUUCUUCGUGGCAUUAAUAAUAGCUAAAAUAGCAAUGUACUCCAUAUUUCUGUACAACGUUUACGUGAAAUUUACACAUGUCCCAGACCUUCCCAAUGUGGACUUGAAUAAAUGGUGGGGGCCUAAUGUAACGCAGGAAGUCGAUACUUCAAUCAGACCUUAUAGGAUUGUGUUUUCUGAUGCAAUGGAAACAGAACUCCGAGCGCUAUUCGAAGACUACCGUAAUAUUAUUAAAAAAACAAAGAGUUUCGAAGUCGCCGGUUGGACGUACGGCGUUAACUCGGAGGCGUUCGCACAAUUCUUCUCCCAUUGGCUAUUCAAAUACGAAUUUAGUAAGAGAGCUAAAUUCUUGAAUAAAUUUAAUCAUUUUAUUACAAACGUACAAGGAUUAGAUAUACAUUUUGUUCAUGUUAAACCUGAAGUAGAUAAAAAUGUAAAGGUUUAUCCUCUAUUGCUUCUGCAUGGGUGGCCAGGGUCUGUAAGGGAAUUUUUCGAGGCAAUCCCACUCCUCACAUCUCCACGGCCCGGUUACGAUUUUGUAUUUGAAGUCAUCGCGCCGAGUUUGCCUGGAUUUAUUUAUUCUCAGGCACCAACAAAACCUGGACUACAUCCUUACCAAUCAGCUAUAAUUUUACGAAACCUGAUGCAAAGAAUCGGCUUCAAACACUACUUUGUUCAAGGCGGUGGCUUUGGCCAUACAAUUGGAUCCAACUUGGCAACGCUUUUCCCAAAUGAAGUGUUGGGUUUCCAUACCAACUAUCCAGCGAAUUUAUCAAAAUUAUCUAUACUGACUUGGUUAUUGGGAGCUAUUUGGCCAACGUUGGUGAUGGAAAAUGUCAAUGGACUCUAUCCUUUGACGGAUAAGGUCGCAAAUUUCUUGGAGGAAUCUGGAUACACACAUUUGCAAAGGACAAAGCCAGAUACUAUUGGUAUAGCACUUCAAGACUCUCCAGUGGGGCUAGCGGCGUAUAUUGUAGAGAAAUUUGUGAUCUUCACCGACCCCGCUCUGAAGAACACGAUAGAAAGAAGCAUAGAUAAGUAUUAUGAUCUAGACAAAUUACUGGAUAACGUCAUGCUGUAUUGGGUGUCUGGGAGUAUUACCACAUCGAUGAGGAUGUUUAAGGAAUCUGCUGGUGGGUUGGGAGAUGAUUUUGAUGAGAUACCCACUCCAGUACCGACCUGGGUCCUCAAAUGCAAGCAUGAGCCUAUCCAAUUCCCAGACUUUAUGCUGCGUUGGAAAUAUCCAAACCUUGCUGGCAGCACUAGAGUAGACUUUGGUGGCCAAUUCGCUGCUUUCGAAAGACCAGAAGAAUUUACUGCUAAUGUUUUUAAAGCUGUCAAAGCGUUUGUGGAGGUUAAAAAAUAAAGUAUUUAUGUCAGUAA